AAGAACGAACAAGAAGAACAAUUAAUUGAGAACCUCAGCUUAGUUUCACAGUGAGCACCAUGGAAUCAUAGUGGGUUUCUUCCUUUUUUCCUUACUUUACUCUUGAAAAUGACACCAAUUCCUCUCUGCUCCCCAAAAAAAGUAGCCAAGCAGCGAUCCCUUCAUUCCGGCGGGAUGUGAAGCUUCUUCACUGCUACAUUUUACUGUAAAUCCUCUCCGCCGUCCUCUCCGCCGCAGCUCCACCUCCCAUGGCGACCUUCUCUUGAGCUUCUUCGCCGCUCAUUUCACCCGUGGCUACUUCUUCAGGUAAAACAACAGGGCCAGAAGGGAUCAUUGUUGUCACUUUUGCAGUUACGUUCUUCAAGCAUCCUAUGUUACUUAAUUCCAAAUGAAGUUCUAUUCAGCAUCGUUGUUUCCUUUGUUUUUUGUUAUUGUUAAUCUACUUCCCUUUGCCAUUGCCGACCUUGAAUCCGACAAGCAAGCUCUUCUUGACUUUGCAUCUUUGGUUCCACAUCGUCGGAGCCUCAACUGGAACGACACUGCCUCUGUAUGCACAACUUGGGUUGGCAUUACUUGCAGUGAAGAUGGAACUCAUGUGGUUACCCUCCGGUUACCGGGGAUCGGACUUGUCGGUUCGAUUCCUUCUAACACUCUAGGGAAACUUCAUGGUCUCAAGGUUCUUAGUCUCCGUUCCAACCUCCUUAGCGGAAGAAUACCGUCCGAUAUCACUUCACUUCCUUCUCUUCAAUAUCUUUUUCUCCAACGGAAUAACUUCUCUGGUGGUGUUCCGUCCUCCUUUUCGCCUACUCUUAACGUAUUGGACCUAUCGUUCAAUUCAUUAGAAGGGAAGAUUCCAAAGUCUAUACAAAAUUUGACACAACUAACUGGAUUGAACCUUCAGAACAACAAUCUUUCUGGUUCUAUACCCGGUAUCGACCUCCCGAAGCUCAAGCAUUUCAAUAUAAGCUAUAACCAUCUCGUUGGUUCUAUUCCGACUUCUUUGAAUACAUUCCCGAGUUCGUCGUUCAUUGGAAAUCCUUCAUUAUGUGGAGCGCCUGUAAACGCUUGCUCCGUAGACCUUUCUCCAGCUCCUAAUGCUCCAUCUUCACCUGCCAUUUCUCAAAAGCAGAGCUCGAAAAAACUGAAGAUGGGAGUUAUCAUUGCUAUUGCAGUUGGUGGAUUCUUCCUUCUAUUCCUUGGAGUUCUUUUUAUGGUUUUGUGUUGUUUAAGGAAAAAGGACGGUGAACGCUCCGGCACAAGAAAAGGGAAGGUUUCGGGUGGCGGGAGAAGUGAAAAACCGAAAGAGGAGUUCGGUAGUGGCGUGCAGGAGCCUGAGAAAAACAAGCUGGUGUUUUUUGAAGGCUGUUCGUUUAACUUCGAUCUUGAAGAUCUAUUGAGAGCUUCAGCUGAAGUGCUUGGAAAGGGCAGCUAUGGAACAGCUUAUAAAGCUGUUCUGGAGGAACCUACCACUGUUGUCGUGAAAAGGUUGAAGGAAGUGGUGGUGGGGAAGAGGGAGUUUGAACAACAAAUGGAGAUUGUGGGAAGGAUCACGCAGCACCCGAAUGUCAUGCCACUCCGAGCGUAUUAUUACUCAAAGGAUGAAAAGCUCCUCGUUUAUGAUUACGUCCCGGGAGGCAGCUUGUCGUCACUUUUGCAUGGAAACAGAGGUGGGGAAAGAACUCCGCUCGACUGGGACUCGAGAGUGAAGAUCGCUCUUGCAACGGCGAAGGGAAUUGCUCAUAUCCAUACAGUGGGCGGUCCGAAAUUCACCCAUGGAAAUAUCAAGGCCUCAAACGUUCUCCUAACUCAAGAUGUGAAUGCCUGUGUUUCCGACUUUGGCCUUACUCCUCUUAUGAAUGUCCCAACUUCUCGAACUGCAGAUUAUCGUGCGCCCGAGGUGAUCGAAGCUCGGAAACACACACACAAGUCAGAUGUUUACAGCUUUGGUGUUCUUCUUCUCGAAAUGUUAACUGGAAAAGCUCCCCUGCAAUCACCACGUCGUGACGAUAUGGUCGAUCUCCCUCGGUGGGUCCAGUCUGUUGUGAGGGAGGAAUGGACAGCUGAGGUUUUCGAUGUCGAGCUAAUGAGGUACCAGAAUAUCGAAGAAGAGAUGGUGCAGAUGUUACAAAUAGCAAUGACUUGUGUAGCGAAGUUGCCCGACAUGAGACCGAGCAUGGACGAAGUCGUUAGAAUGAUCGAAGAAAUCCGGCAAUCUGACUCGGAGAACCGGCCAUCGUCCGAAGAGAACAAAUCGAAGGACUCAAAUGUGCAGACCCCAUGAAUUCAUUCAUUUAGAUUGUGUUUAUUUUCAUUAUUUGAGGAAGAAUUGUGCAAAUUAGGAAGGCUAAGUUCAAUCAUUUUCUUUCCAACAUUACCCCCAGACCUUUUGGCUUCUAUGCGUUUGUGCUUUGUAGAGUUCAUCAUCUGAUUUUUAAGUUUCUUUAGGUUUGAUUGAAUGUGAACCAUCUGAUUUGAAUUCAUUAGUUUUUUUCUAA